UUUGUUUCCAAAGGAGGCUAAACAAUUUUCAACUUUUGUUUGCAGUUUGCUGGAGGUCUGGUUGAUGAACUUACUUAUUAUUUUAACAUAAAACGAUAAAAGCUUGGAAGAACUUAUCAGAAUGGAUAGCAAGGAGGAAGAAGAAGAAGAAGACUACAUGUCGGAUGCAUUUUUGGUUGAUUCUGAGGUCACAAAGCCUGGAUUACUUGCUAGAAAAAUGGCGCCUGUUCAUGUUAGAAAGUUAGAUAAAGAGAAACGAAUAAAGGAGAUCAAUGAGAGACAUAGAUUGAAUAACAGACCAGUAAAACAGGUAGAACAGGAAAAGAGGGACGAGAAGCUGAAUAAAGCUAUAGACAGUUCAAACAAAGGAUUUGCCAUGCUUGCAAAGAUGGGCUUUAAGGAAGGCGAUGGUUUGGGGAAGCACGGUACUGGACGGUCAGAGCCUAUUCCACUGGAAAUAAAGACAGAUAGAGGAGGUUUAGGCAGAGACACAAUGCUGCAAAAACGAAAGGAGAUGCAAGUAUCAUUUUUACAGCAAAUGGCCAGCAGAAAGCGACAAAUGGUGGAAAAUUUACAAGGAGACUUUAAAAAGAGAAUGAAAGGAAAAUUUCUGGAUAAACAAGUAACAUUUGACCUCAGGAAAGCUCAAAAAGCAUGUGAGCAACUGGAUAGUGCCAAGAACUUAGAAGCAAUGGAAAAGUGGUUUUGGCAAAUACCAGAUGACAAUGAAAGUGGUGAUGAUGAUUCUGAUGAUAGCGAAGAGACAGAUAAAAUUGAGUGCCCUGAGAUGAAGAUGAUCUUAAUGGCAGCUGUCCUGGUAACACAUUUGAAAGUCACAAUUGACAGCCAUAUAAAAACAGUUUGGUUCAUAGAAAACCUGGCAAAGGUGCAUUAUCGCCUUGCUAAAAUGGUGCAGUCCAGUUGGCAUAUCAGGGUACCUGAUCACAGACAAGUUGCGAAUUGCACAGUGCGAUGGGAUACAAAAGCUGGACCAUCCUAGUGAUAUCUCAAAAAUCUAUCAGAAUAAGGUCAGGAAUUCAGAAUUCCAUUACUAGCUCCUAAACAAACAAGACUUGAGAUACAGGCUGGGAAAGAAAAACACAGGAAUGUCUCUAUUUUGUAUUUAUAACUAUUAUCACCCUACUAAAUACAAUAUGACAGACAAAUAAAUGUUUAUUAUCUUGUUUCUUUUAUUCUAAUAUAUAUUAGCAACCCUACAGAACUUUUUUUGUUUGACACUGCACAAUGUAUUGAUGAGUUUUGGUGGUAUAAGAUGAGAAAAAACAACACCAAAGGCUAAAUUUGCAUCUGUUUUGAAGUUUGUUUUGAGAGGUAAUAAGUCAAUUUGUGUUUUAAUGAAAAUUUUAAAAAAAUGGAGGUUUCAUGCUAGUAAUUCAUCUGUAUCUAGAUGAGGCAAGAACAUAUAAAUAUAUACAGACAAAGCCUGUUGAAUCUGAAAGGUCAGAAUGGUCAAAGUUGUUAUUUUUGAUAGUUGGGAUGGGAUAUGAUAAAAUCUAAUAAUUAUUUGUAAAUGUGUCAAUAUAUUAAAAGAUGAUGUGUUUUCAGAAAAUCAAUGACUAUUACCCUCUCUUGAAUGAAGUGUCACUGUCGAGAAAUCUACUUUAAAUUAUGUUCUUAUCUUUUAAUAACUUGAAACUAUCUCUUCACAAUGAUGUUAUCAAUGUGUCUGUUAACCAUAUAUAUCAGCCCAGAGUUUGCUCCAUCUGCUUUAAGACUGAUCAUAGCAUAUCAAACUCGGAGUUAUCUUUUGUGGUUUUUGGACCACGAGUCUUUGAGGAACCCUGCAAAUAAAAUAAAUUAAAAUUGAAAGCACUAUUUAUGCAGUAAGUGCAAUAAAAUAUUAUUUUAUUAUAAUAUCAACUCUAUUAACUUUUUAAUAUACUCAUUGAAAUACUAAGCUAGUAAAAGACAGUAUAAUAUUGAUAGGACUAUAAAAAGAAUAAACAGGAACUAUAAAUACACUUUAACUUGAUGUAUAACCUCUCAUAAGUAUUAGAAGGAUAAUCUAGCGCAGUUAAUUUCAACAUGCUAGAAUAGUAAAAGCUAUGAUAACAUCACAAAAAGAAGCUCAUUUU